UAUUAUAGCAGCUGUAUUAAGUAUGACAAGGUUCCACUCUGAGGUUUGUUUGUGAAACAAGUUUGAAACCGGAUUCUGCAUUGAUGCAUUUAGUAUCGCAAAGUAGAGCCAAAAAGUGCACGCAUUUCGCGACAAAAUUCGAGAUUAAAAAUGAGUUCUAAAUACAGUGAAGAAGAAGUGAAAAUUAGACCGGCAAAAAAGGAAGAUAUUAGGAUCGUUUAUCAAAUGAUUAAAGACCUGGCGAUUUUUCACGAUAUGGCCCACAAAGUAAGGAUGACUUGUGAAGAGCUGGAGAGCGACGGCUUCGACUGCCAGCCACCACUGUUCCAUUGCCUGGUGGCCGAGCGGCAGACGGCGGGAAGGCCUCUGAUUGGCCACGCGGUCUACGUGCCGUUCUACUCGGCUUGGCAGGGGCGGACUCUGAUGAUGGAUGAGCUGUAUGUGAAGCCGGAGGAGAGGGGGCGCGGGGUCGGGGAGCGGCUGUUUAGGGCUGUUGUUCAGGAAGUAGAGAGGUUAAACUGUCACCGCAUGACCUUUUUGGUGGAAAAAGACAACUCGGCGAGGUCAUUCUACCAGAGGCACGGCGCCGAAGAUCUAUCCGACAUCGAAGGGUGGCACUAUUUCGUUAUAAAAAACGAAUAUAUUAGAAAAAUCAAUGGUGAUCAAUAAAAUUAGUUAUUUUAUGGAUGAGACACAAAUGUCUACAUGUGGCCAUAUUCUGUUAUGAAAUGAAAGUAUAUAAUUGAGUUCAAUUUUAAUAAAUAUUAUUUAGAAAUAACGUAAGUAGGUACUAAGUAAAUUAAUCAGGUAAGUUAAUUAAAAUAUGCGUACAUUAAUACAAAAAAGAACUUAAAUUAAGAAGCAUGUAAUCUACAUUCUUACAUAAAUUAAUAUUAAACUUUU